AUGUUCCGCCGUGCAUUGCGACUUUCCACUUGCUUGCAACAGAACCAAGCCCUUGACCCUGCCUCGUACUCGUUCUCCUCACGCAUUCAACCUCCCGUAGACGGCGACCAGGUCGCUCGUGACUACCAGGCCUUCAAGCAUCACCAGGAAGUCACCAACCGCAUUGGAUCUGUCGUGUCUCCCAAGUACCAACCGCAUACCCAACUCACCCAACCUCCUUCACCUGACGAGAUUUCUCUCGAACUCCUUCUUGCCUCGCAAUCCCACCUAGGCCACUCUACCUCGCUCUGGAAUCCCGCCAACGCUCGCUACAUCUUUGGUGUGCGUCAGGGUGUCCACAUCAUUUCGCUGGACCAGACCGCCUCCCACCUGCGCAGAGCAUGUGCUGUCGUUCGUGAUGUUGCUCGCCGUGGUGGCUUGAUUCUGUUUGUCGGUACUCGUGAGGGUCAAGAAAGAAUCGUUGUCAAGGCUGCUCAGUUGGCUGGUGGUUGUCAUCUGUUUGACCGCUGGAUUCCCGGAAGCAUUACCAACGGUGCUCAGAUCUUGGGCAAGUGUCGCACAAAAGUCGUUGACGAGAAUGACAAAGAGAUCAAGGGUUUCGAGGAGCAGCUUGAAGCAAAGGGUGCUCUUAAGCCUGAUCUGGUUGUCUGCCUGAACCCUCUGGAGAACUACGUUUUGCUGCACGAGUGUGGUCUCAACAACAUCCCCACUAUUGGUGUCAUCGACACUGAUGCAAACCCCACCUGGGUCACCUACCCCAUUCCCGCCAACGACGACAGUCUCCGUUGCAUUAACCUCAUUGGAGGUGUCCUUGGACGUGCCGCCGAGGCAGGCAUGAAAUCGCGUCUCAGCAGGGCUUCAAACGGUCUUGUCACAUACGCAGCACGCCACAACCUGGCCCCUCCUACUGCUGACCAAAUUGCCGCCGCUUAUCAAGCCGAACGUUCCUUUGCCAGAAACAACGCCUUCGAUCAAGAUGCUGACCAACGCAUCGUCACUUCGCCCGCUCCUGCCGACGAAGACGCCAGAGUCCAAGAGAAGGCUGAUGCAACCAUGGUGAGCGCCUUCGAAUACGCCCAGUUCACUGAUUUCGACGAGGAGGCCAUGGACGCUGCGUUUGAGAUGCACUACCCUAACCAGAAAAUUCCCGAAACGGCAGAGAUGGCUGAGUUGAGAGAGAAACUUCGCCGUACCCACCGCGCUCUGAACGUACCAGUUGAAGGCGAGCCAGAAUACUUCGAGAGCGAGCCAGUUGAUGCCGAAACAGCACUCGAGCUUGAAACAGAGGCACAAGACAUCAUGGAUGAGCCACUCACCCAACAGGAAGCUGCUGCACUGCACUCCCAAGACGGUGGUAAGGGUCAAAACCCUUACGAGGGCGGCAGUUACCGUAGCGCUCUCAAGAUUCGCAAGAACGCUGCCGAUGCUACCCUUAGCAGGUUGGUCGCUCUCAAGAGACGGGCGUACGGCGAGGAGCUGUCUGCCGAAGACAAGGAAGUGCUACGCAAGCUCGACGAAGCAGCCAAGAACGCGCCUGCGGCUAACGAAGGCGAGUUUGCUCUGCCACCAAGACGCCCUGCGUAA